AUGCCAUCAAAUGAAUCAUCCCGGAGCGAGCCGAUCCAUAUUGACCCUUCUCAAUGGGCUUUCAAACCUCGGAAGUUGCGAGUCGUCUGCAUAGGCGCCGGCUUUUCGGGUCUGAUUUUGGCCUACAAGCUGAAGCACGAGCAACCUCUCGACUUUGUCGACUUCACAAUCUACGAGAAGAAUAGUAAGGUCGGCGGGACUUGGCUAGAAAACAUCUAUCCGGGAGUUGGCUGCGACGUUCCAGCGCACAGCUAUAUCUUCCCUUUUGAGCCCAAUCCUUCGUGGAGCAAAUGCUAUGUUGGGGGUGCGGAGAUCCAGGAGUACGUUCUGAAUACGGUCCAAAAGUACGGAUUGAGAUAUCCAAUCCAAUUUGAGACUCGCCUGAUCAGUUCUAUCUGGAACGAAGAAACCGGAAAAUGGCGUCUGCAGCUAAGACAAGGUAAUGGCAAUGUGAUUGAUGACGAGGCAGAUAUUCUUAUCAAUGCGUCGGGAAUUCUCAACCAACCCACAAUGCCAAAUGUUGAGGGCCUGAACAGGUUCGAAGGAAAGGUUCUUCAUACCGGUGCCUGGGACCGCUCCUACGAAUACAAGGGAAAGAGAAUCGGUGUGAUCGGAAAUGGUUCCUCGGGGGUUCAAGCAGUACCAGCGCUACAACCGAAUGCUGCCAAGAUCAUAAAUUAUAUUCGCAAUCCCACAUGGAUCUCCGUCAACCUAUGUCCGGAUAUAACAAGGGACGGGACGAGUACGAACUUUGAGUACACCGAAGAAGAGAAAGCUCUCUACCAGAACAACCCCAAGGCAUUUCUCAAACACCGCAAAGUUAUUGAGUGCUCUGUCAACAAGGCGUACAGCCUAAUGCAGACUGGCUCCGAACUGAAUCGCUUUCUGUCCAACGCGACCGAGGGGCUUAUGCGAGACCGUCUGAGCGAGAACCCGCAGCUAGUGGAAAAGCUGAUUCUUAAGUAUGAUAUUGGAUGCCGCAGACUGAGCCCUGGUGAUGGAUAUCUUGAAGCCCUGCAGCAGCCUAAUGCCAGAGUGUGCUUCGAACCGAUAGACGAAAUUACACCGAGAGGCAUCCGCGCUUCAUCCGGAGAGGAAGACCUUGAUCUGAUAGUCUGCGCAACUGGAUUCGAUACGUCGUUCAUCCCUCGAUGGGAGUUUCUUGGUCGGAAUAGUCGUCGGCUGGAUAAAGAAUGGAAAGCCUCACCAGAAGCUUAUUUAUCCAUCUGCGCCGCUGCCGCACCAAACUAUUUUAUGUUCGCAGGGCCAAAUUCCCCCAUCGGCCAUGGCAGUGUUCCCCAAAUGCUAGCGUGGAGUGCCAAUUACAUCCUUAAAUGGGUGCAGAAGAUUGCCCGUGAAGACAUCAAAUCCGCUGCGGUGACCGAUUCUGUUGUUCGUAAUUACAACCGUCGUGCACAGAGCGCUCUGAAGAAUACAGUCUGGAGCGGAGGUUGCAAUGCCUGGUAUAACAAUGGAAAUGCCGUCACAGCCAUGCAUCCGGGCAGUGUUCUUCAUUUCAAAGAGGCCAUUUCGGAAAUUUGCGGCGAGCAUUUUGAUAUUCGAUAUAAUACUUCCGAUCCUUUCGCUUUUCUCGGAAAUGGAGAGUUGGAAUGGGAACGAGAAGAGGGGGCAGACCUCGGGUUCUACCUCCAACAAUGA